AUGGACUCGGAAGGGCGAAGCGGAGACGAGAAGGAUCAGAAGGGGCCCCUGGAAGCAGGUGAGCGGGAGGCUGGAGGCGUCGUGCCCCUCGGCACUAUUCGAAAAGUCAAGACGCGAGAGGGCGAAGAAAAAGAAAAAGUGCAACUCAAGCUUCGGGCCUGCAUCAGCUGCCGGCUCGUAAUGACGGAGCAGCAGUUCUAUGACGAGGGCUGUCCGAACUGCGCCUGGCUGCAGAUCGACGGCGACAGGAGCCGCGUUUUGGGCUGCACUUCGCCUAACUUUGCGGGCUUUGUAGCGCUUAUCAAGCCUCAGGGGUCUUGGGUGGCUCGGCACAAUAAACUGACCGAAGGGGUGCCUGGGUGCUAUGCAGUUAAAGUCUUGGGAGACCUCCCCGACAGCAUCAAAGACGAUGCGCAUCGCUUCGCCGCCUAUGGGGAGUGA